AUGGCUGUCAGGAUACUUAACUUGACCUCAAGUGCAUUCGGAUGUGAAAGAAAUUGGAGCGCAUUUGAAAUGGUAGAUGCAAAGAGGAGAAAUAAACUAGAUGUGUGUCAUGUGAGCAAUCUAGUCUUUGUUCAAUUCAAUGGAAGAAUGAUGGACAAAAGAAAGAAGUGUUCUAUAUAUAGUGAUGUCCUUCUAGGUGAAGAUGCUUCCCAUGCACAGAAUUGGAUAUGUGAAUGUGAUGAAGAGGUUGAUCCUACAACAGGGUUGUCAUAUGAUGUAAUUGAUGAAGCAAUGAGGGCCAUAGAAGCAAUGGAGCCUCGUAGGAGCCAAAGAGUGAGAGAGCUCUAUGAAGUAGAAGAAUUUGUUUAUGAAGAUUCUGAACAAGAGUUCAAUAUGGAGGAAGAGAUUGAAUUUGAGUCCGAUGAUGGUGGGGUGGUUUCAACCAAAGAGAAUGAAGAGGAUGAACCAAUGGAUAUUUGA